AGGCGAAUGUCAUUUUUCAAUCGUACAGCCCAUUAGUGAGAGGAAAGUGAUUGUUUCUGCGAUAAAACAGUGCUUUUUUGGAUUUUAUUAUCAAAAUAAGAAACAAUUUCGGUUGCAUUUAAUACGUAAGGAUAGUAGCUUCCAUUGAACACUAGAAAUUCUUGCGUUCUUUUCGGGAAAAGGUGUGUCGCGGAUGUAAAAUGAAUCGAAGGUGAAAGUGCUUCGAGCGAGGGCAGUGGAAAAAUCUUGCCUCGACUUCUCCACCUCUGGUGGGGGCUGCUCAUGUUCAAACAAAAACAUUUCCUGCUCGUGUUGUGUGAACGCUGUAGUAUGGGAAAAAUUUGAAAUCGAAUCGCACUGCCGUAGGAAGUAAUCAUCUCUAAACAGCUCCAGGCAGAUGGUCGCCAGUAGUUCCGAAACAAUGGUAGAGAUGUCACGCUAAAACUUAACAGAGUGCUCAUCACCGUGCAAAAACCAAUCAAUGGACCCCAAGCCGAUGACGACGACGACGACGGCGACGUCAUCGCUGGCGAUUGGAAUCGAUUUCGGCACGAGCUUUUCCAGUGUCGGCAUUUAUCGGGGUGGCAAGUUCGAGAUCGUUGCCAGCGGUUCCGGAUGUCACCGGAUUCCGUCGUGUGUGGCUUUCACCGACAAGGCACGGUUGGUGGGUGAAGAUGCGUUGGCCCAGUACGACCGUGAUCCGACGAAUGCCGUUGUCGAGGUGAAGCGAAUACUGGGACGACGGAGUAAAAGUGAUAAGCUACAUGUUCAGUUUAAGGGAGAACGGAAGGUUUACUACCCGGAUGAAAUAUGUGGGGUCCUACUGGAAAGUUUGAAGUCAAUGGCCGAGCGAAAGUUGGGUCAAAAGGUGGGUUCGGCGGUGAUUGCAGUUCCGGCUGGUUUUACCGAUGGUCAGCGACAGGCAAUGCUGGAUGCAGCGGCAAUCGCAGGGAUAACUGUGCUGCGGUUGGUGAAUGAACCGACGGCUGCGGCCAUUUCGGUGGGGAUCAACAAAAAAGUGAUCGGCGAACAGUUUGUGCUGGUUUGUUCCAUGGGCGGAGGAUAUUUGGAUGUGUCCGUGCUGACGGUUUACAAUGGGGUGUUCGAAAUAAAGGCCACCUCGUGUGAUCAGUUGGGUGGAACGGAAUUUGACGAUCGUUUGGUAGAACAUUUCGCCAAGCAAUUUCAGGAGGAACACUCGAAAGAUAUCUUUGCCAGUAAGGAAGCUCUGCGGAAACUACGGAAAGGUUGUGAACAGGCAAAGCGAACUCUUUCCUAUACCAACCGGGCUACGAUUGAGAUCGAAGAUCUGUUGGAAGGCCUAGGUUUUACGGUCAAUUUGAGUCGGGAGCAGUUCGAAGAGCUCACUCGGGAUCUGUUCGACAAGAUCAUGUUGCAUGUCGAGACAGCGUUGCGACGUGCACGCAAAAAUCGGUUUGCCAUUCACGAGAUUAUGCUGGUGGGAGAAUCUUCUCGAAUACCGAAAGUACAGGUGAUGCUCAGUGAAUUCUUCGAUCGUCGAUCGCUCAGUAGUUCCAUCAAUUCCGACGAAGCUGUGGUAGUGGGCAGUGCUAUUGCGGCGGCUAUUUUGAGUGGUGAAAAAUCCGCUGAGAUUCAAGAUAUCCUGUGGUUGGAUUUGGUUCCACGAUCGAUUGCUUUGAUCGCGGAGCACGCAACCGACGCCGCACCGAGGAUUCUGAUCAGUAGAAAUUCGACGGUUCCUUUGAAGGUGAAGCACCGGGUGAAGAGUUUUCGUGAAACGCAACUGCUGUACGAGGGAGAGAGUGCCAUUGUUAGUGAUAAUGUUUUACUGGGGAAGUUACAGAUCGAGGGAACAUUCGGGGACAUUGAGGACGUGGGGCUGCUGUUUAGUAUAGACACUAAUGGAAUUCUGCACGCUGUUGUGGAGGGAAAUAUUGAGCUGAAAGCUACACUGGAGAAAGGAAGACUUGAAAGAUUUGAGAUUGAUAGGAUCGUGUACGAACACAAGAAAGUACUGUUGGAUGCCGAGAAGCUCGAAGAAGAUAGCAAGGAGCAAGAAAUUACGAAACAAAAAAUUGCUUAUCAGCAGACGCUGGAGUUGGAUGAUAAGGCAGGAUCCUGGGAUCGAUUCAGCGAGUGGCUCCACUGUAUUUGUAUAGUAACAUUCGAUCUGGAGUUGGGACAAGCCAUGGAAUUGAUUUAUCCAAAGCACGUUACGCUAAGCGAACAGGAAAAAAUGAACAUAUGCUAUUUGGCCUUUCCGGAUUCCAACUCGGGCUGUAUGGGAGAUUCACAGUUUCACAUUCGGCUACGGGUAUCGCCUGGAUCGGAAUCUGUUCUGACCGGGGAACAUCUCGAGUUUAACUAUCAUUGUUUGCCAGUGCACCGAGCCGAUCCUGGUCACUUCUGGGGCUUUGUGUAUUUCCGUCAGAUCAAGGAUGCUACUUUGAAGCGUGGUUAUUUCCAGAAAAGUUUAGUUCUACUCACUCGAUUACCGUUCAUAAAUCUGUUCUACGAAAUCAGUGCUCUAAUUGCCCCGUCCUUUUUCUCCAGCGGUGAACCCACGCUGGAAGCCGUAUGUGAUAACAUAUGCCAUUGGCCGUCUCUGAUGGCCGGGGAAAAUCUAUCUCUGCACAUUCUAGGAAGCGUUUAUGAAAUCUCAAUCCCAAAGCAAAACAACAAGUCACAGGCUGUCGAGAAAACUGUCAAACCGGAAACGGCAAUUUCGGUCGGUCCGCAAACCCAAAUCAUCGGUUCGAUUCACGAGAUCGACAUAUUCAAGAGUCUUCAGUUUUUCUUACCUCACAUUCAUUUACUCUGGGAGUUGGUCCUCACCGGAGAACCCAUCGUAGUAACUGGAACAUCACCCACCGACUGUGCCCACAUGGUCCAAUCGUUGAUGAGCCUCAUCAAUCCGCUGUCGUACUGUGCCGAAAGUCGUCCCUAUUUCACGAUUCAUGAUACCGAAUUCAAAGAAUUCACUCAGAACAAAAAUGGCCACCCGUCAAUUAUUCUCGGUGUGACGAAUCCGUUCUUUGCGAAAACCCUGCAACAUUGGCCACACACCAUACGGCUGCAGGACAGUGUCGAAAGUCAGCUCCAGCAGCAGAAACAGAAACAAUCGAUUAUCUCAGCCAGUACCAACAACGUCGAGGGGGGCAUCAACUCGUCGUCAUCGUCGGAAUCGGCCGCCGCCCUGUCAAAACUAUCGAAAAUCAAACAAAUCACGAACAAAAUUUUGGACUCUUCGCCGGGAGUCUACACCCAGUACAAACCAUUCAUUGGCAAAGACAAAGUCUUUAUCAAAAAAAUCAUUCUGGGAAUCAAAACCGAGCGUCCGACGUCGGUACAGUCGGCACUGCUUCGGAGACAUCUGCUAGAGCUAACGCAAAGUUUCAUGAUACCGUUGGAACGCUACAUGGCUUCCCUGAUGCCACUGCAGAAAGACAUCUCACCUUUUAAAUCCGCUCCACUUCCGAACCCCUUCAAACAGGAGGACUUUCUUGCCACGCUGGAAGAGUGCGGCCCCCAGUUGACAUUUACCUGCAAGGGUGACUGGGAGGGUCUGUACAAACGUUUCUUCACUUCCCCCAACUUCAAAGGUUGGUACGAGACGCGGUACUUCGAGCUACAGCAAACCCUGCAGGCACUGCACAUGCAAACACUGUCCGAAUCUAAUCUCACCGAAUGGGUCAAGGACAAACACGAGGUCGAAAUAGUCGACAUGAUUCUGCGACUGCGGCAGAAGUUAACCCUUUGCAACAGCACCCAGAUGGCGGCCCUGCCGGUGCCGCUGAACACUAAGGAUACUCGCGAACAGCUGCUGAAACAUCUGGACAGCAUGAAACGCUGCCUACCGGAUGAUCUGAAGCAGAUUUUAAACAAUAUCUGAGCGUAAGAUGAUUUUAAAAAAAAAAGUGAAAAAUGAAAACAUGCUUAGCAAAAAUUAUACAUUCAUAGUCUAAUUAUGGAAAGUUUUAGUUCAAAA